AUCUAGGUCACUUUACAUCCCCCAGUCCCGUAAAACGUCAGUCCUCCAUCCACGCACAGUGGGAAAAACAGCCGAUCUAGCGCCGAAAAAGUCGGAAAAUCAGCAUCAAUGAAAAUGGUCAAAAUUGGUAUGAAUGUACUCCUUAGGAUCUACUGAUCAAGAAUCAGCCAUGUUCUACUUCAUAAGCUCGAUCUUAUCUGCGAUAAUGAUAAGAAACGCACCGGUUAGCGCGGUGCUGGUUGAGGACCGCUUGAGUGGUUAAAUGCAUUCAGAAGCCUCCUGUGUUUGUUUAAGUGUGUCAUGUAGUGACUUUUGAUUUUUUUUUUCAACGUCGGCUUGCUCACCUAAAACCAAUGGAAGAAAAGCCUCAGGAGACUCGCAAACUUCCUCCCCGUAACCAGUAGGAACUCCAAUGGAAACUGACGCAGGAUCAGAACCUCCGAGUUCAACAACAACAUCGGAACCUGUGCCUGCUGCUGGUGCUGUACCUCCAAAAACACCCUCCCCGGCAAUAUCAGGCCUAACGACUCCUUCGUCAGCAUCAUCAGGACGGGGACAGAUCCCUAUCUCGACUGCUCCCUCUCCAACAGUUCCAGCACGAAACAUUUCUCUAAGACCAGCCACCAGUGGUGUGGUGUGGGUGUCUUGGUAGCAUUGAGUGGGAAGGAUGGAGUGGAGACAUUGAAUAUCAGUCCUGCCAUGGAUGGGCUUCUUCCUAUUAUCAAUUAUUUUUUUUUUUCAAAAGCCUGUCCGCAACUUCCUCUUUUAAAACCAAGCAAUUCUGUAGAACACGGUGGUAUAAUGAGUGAUGGUGCGUAACGACUUUGGGAAUGGCUCCAACCAUUAGUCGUAUUUUGAAUCUCUUCACGGGUAGCAGCCGUUAUGGUUCGCCAUUGUCGACUACUGUUCCCAAUUUUCUUCUUCUCAACGGUGACUUUGGUUAUCUUGAUACCAAGUCUAGCCAAACCCAUGUUUAGAAGAUACAAAUUAGUGCACGAGGGCAUACAAAAUGUUCGAACGAGGCCAGAGGUAUUUUUUGAAGCCACUCUGAAGAAAUUCAACCAUACAACACCCGUAAUCGAUGCCGUUUUUGAACUAAGAGACCCCGCUGUCAACAAUUGGAAAACGUGGGUGGAGGGGUUUGAGAGGCUCGGGCUGGACCACACCUACACAAAAAGUGCCAUCAGCUUGUCAUCCACUUUUUGUGAAUUCGUCACUGGGAAGUUCAUAAUUAAUCGAGGCUGGCGAGAUUUCGGAAACAUGCCCAGUUCAUGCCCCAUAAAAAAGGGAAAGUACUCGAUGCAAAACUACGUUAUUGAGGAUAAGUAUUUGCCACCGUUCAUGCCGGGAAUUCAUUGGCGGCUGGACUUCAUUUCUGGGCCGGAUGGAACGAGACAGAACAAUGAAACUGCAAUCAUGUCUUAUUACACGAAAGUAGUUUAUUAUUAAAUCGAAUAUAAGUACCCAGA